AUUAUGGCCUUUAGCAGAGAGAGCAAAGAAGUGGACCUUGACACCAUUGAAGGCACAGUAGAGUCUACUGGUGAUUCUGAAGUGAGAUGUCAGAAACAAAAAUUCAUAAUCAAAAUAUCAGAAAAAAUUAAAAUUCUUGACUUCAAGAAACGGCAGAAGAAUUCAAAAUCCCCUGGAACUCCAUCAGUGGAAUUGGAUUUCAAAGAGAACCUUGAGCAGAACCGUUUGGCUGAAGCACAGCAACAGCUGGUGAAAGCUGAGGAAUGUCUCUUUGGUUCAAAAGAAGUGGGCAGGACAGAAGAUGAGGAAGACAAGCUUCAUAUUGACUAUGAGAUCUUUAUUUUGCACCUGAGGUUGGCCAUCUAUGACUCCUUCAGUGAGGACAGCAAGGAGACGCUCAAGAGUGCUUUGACUUCAAUACUUAAAGAGGAGGCACAGGACAGACGCUGGAUGGAAGUUUCCGAGGAUCAACGCCCAAAAUGGAGGCCCACGGGGUGCAGACAGAUCCAUGACACAUUACUCCAGACUACCGUGGAGGAACGAAUGAAGAAUGCAGAUGAAGAGGAGAAUAAUACAGAUAUACUGUCUACCUCCUUGAAGAGAGAGGUGUUCCGAAUGGGCAAAAUAGUGCAGAAAGAUCUGCUCAGAGUGGUCCGAAAUCUGAGAGAGUGUUACCCACCGGACUUUGACAUCUGCAGAACAUAUGCUCAGCUCUACCAUCAAACCUUUUCCACCAGACUUCAAGAGCUUGCCAGAUCCAAAAUCAGUUCUGAGGACUGCCUCUAUAUAUUAAGUUGGAUUGUGGAGUACUACCCAAAAGACGUAUUGAAGCAUAAAGAACUAGAGGAGCACAUCAACAGUUCAUCACUUGGACCUCUGUUACCCGAAGAAGACCUUAAGAGAUUAGAGGAACAGUACUUUUCCUACAAAGAGAAUGAGAUCAGAAACUGGUUAUCCAAUGCUUUAGAGAAAGAAGCGGAAAAAUGGAGUGAUGGCAUCGAGCCAGAGCUGAUGGACGGAUACUACUUCAGUAGCCUUGCUGUUGAUGUUUUACCACUUGUUGAUGGGGCUGUAAAAGAUGUCAACACAUUUCUGAGUUGUGAAAGUAAAGCCCGGAGUUUUCUAAACCAGCUGGACAGCUUUCUUCAGAGCUAUAAGACAAGUCUGGAGGAGUUGGUCAAAAGAAAACAAGAAAACAUUCCUAAAACUCUCUUUGCUAAUCUGGUUAAUAUUUACCAGUUUAGGGAUUAUGUACAAAAACCAGAACAUCCUUUCACAGAGGACACUAGAAAAGCUUGCCUUUCCACAUUAGCAGAUCUCAAAAACAUUUGUCACAGAUACUUCCUCAGUCAUAUUCACACAGAACUGAAGCCGCUGUACCGUAAACUGUGGACUCAAGUUUGGUUCGCUGGACAUUGUGAGGUUGUGGAGGAGCUGGUGAAGGCGCUUGAGAGUAACAUAGACAAUUUCAAAGAGCUAAAGUCUGUCUGCAGAGAGGAGCUAGUGACUGAGCUGCAUUUAGAAGUAAUGGUUGAAUAUGUGAGGCGAAUGAUGAAGAGUAAACUGAAACUGAAAGACAAAGAGCAGCAAGAAGCAGCUGCUGAGUUCAUCUGCCACGACAGGAACAAAAUCUGCUCUAUGUUUGCAAAGGUGGUGGGAUCAUAUCCAGACCCACACAACAAUGUAUGCAUGAACACUGCAGAGGAUCCAUUGGUACCAUUCUCAUCUCUAGGGAUGCAGAAAGGAAUGGUUCUGUCAAAUACUGCCCAAAUUAUCAGAGAUUCUGAGACUGCAGGAUCCUGGGAGUUUACAACUUGAGAUUGUUACUCUGGCAAGAGACUAUCCUGACAUGAGUGAGCAGCAUAUUAUUGCUCUCCUAAACCUGAAGACCAACCUUUCAAGCUCAGAUCUGCGCAGGAUCAAAAAGUGUCUGAGUGAAAACAGAGGCACACUGGACACUCUGGAGUCCUCUACUUCCUUACUCACUAAAAAAUUCAGCAAAUGGAAAAUCAUCUAAAUGCCCUGUUACAUCUAUUGCUAAUGUUAAAAUACUGUGAUAUCUUUGUUGUUAUGUAAUAUUUAUUAUUAAAACACUCAUGGUAUUAUC